AUGCCAGACGCGUUGGCACACAAUUUCGCGGCUGACAACCAUGCGAACGGUCGUUGGACAAAACAUCAGAAUACUGCCUUCGACCAGGGGCAAUUUCUACCGGUAGCAGACGAUGAAGAGGACGAAUCGGAUGAGUCGUCCUCGGUCGUGACCGCGGGCUCCGGCUCUGGCGACACUCCGACGCACGAGUCUGCACUUGGUGACGUCGGCGACGACGACGACGAAGACGACGACAUGGCCGAGGUCACAGAUCCAAACCCCGUCGCUGUCAUCGGGUCAGAUGUGACCUCGAGUACUUUCGCCCCAGAGUCCGGAUACGACGACAGGAGUCAGGCGUUCCAGAUCCUCCCAUCCGCCAGCGGUCUCGGCAGGAGAUCCAUCGGCCUGAACGCUGCCGGCAUGCCCAAGCAACUCAGGGGGCCCCGUGGCCCAUACAAGAAAUCCGGGAAACCCCGUGCCUCUCGGGCAUCCAAGAGAUCCGGGCCGCCCCGGCCCCGGGGACCACGCCAGCACGGCGUGCGCAGCCUGGCGAAAUGGCACGAGGGCGCGCCCGACGAGCACGUCCAGGCGCAGCCCGACCUCGUCUUCACGGACCAGUCGCUCACGAUGCCGCUGGACGGGCCGGAGCUGCACCGCACGAUGCUGGCGAUCGAGGCCGACGACACGCUGUGCUUCAAGAUGCGGUGGCACGUCGCGCGACACCUGCGCCGCACGUACACGAAGCUGCGCACGCCCAUCACGCAGCUCUUCACGUCGCGCAUACGCACGCGGUACUACCACGUCAAGACGGGCACCCCGUACAACCGUCUGGAUUUCGAGGCCAUGCGCGCGCUGAUGGGGUUCCGAAGGGACCAGCCCGGCUGGGCGGACGAGAGCCGGUUCAAGAUGCUGCAGGUGGCGUACGAGCAGUUCGGCUGGGACGAGGUCAUCACGGAUGCGAAUGUGGAUGAUGUGCUGCUCGAGGCGGGCGUGCCGCUCGAGUACUUCCAGCGGGCCCCAAGGGUCGACAGGGCGGCGUUUGAUCCUGCCGCGUUUGGCAUCUCGCUUGCACCGGUCGUGUCGCCCAUCGAGUUUGUUAGAGAGGUACAACAACCACUACAACCGGCUGUGGGCGGCGGGAUGUCAAAUGGCCUGUUUCAGUUUCGCCCCUUCGUCGAGCAGAGGAGAACCAAGCUCCCAUCCGCAAGCCGCGCAGAGACAGAGACGGAGACGCCUAAGCUAGAUCCCCCUCCCUUUCAUGUCGACCCAGGAUCGUCCGAUACCAACGUUGCGAGGGUCCUCCUCCAUAUGUACGAGGAGCUCCGCAACCUGCGGACAGAGGUGCGCGAGCUCAAAGAGGCAUCUCACGCCGAGAGGGAGGUGAACGAGUCCAUCGCGGCGCUGCGCGAGGCCGAGGUCUUGCGGGAACGGCAGUUGCGCGAGACGCUUUUGGGCGAGAUGAGCGAGUUGCGGGAGCUUGUUGUUGAAAGGGGGAGGAAUAAGCGCAAACGGAGCGAGCGUGCUGAGUGA